AUGUCCUCAGAUAAGCCAAACUCCUUGAUUUCAGAGGACAAGACACCAACACCAGAUUUGUCACACGACGAUGCUUUCAUGGAAAAGGCCAAAAUCAGCAUUUCAGAAGUAUCGCUAGUUUCCGAAAAUGAAACCAACGCGAAAUCCACUAAUCCAUUUUUUGACCACGACACAGCUCAAUACUACAGAGACUUGUAUGAAAAAACAAAAUACGAAUGUCGUUCCCAUUUCGACCCUGAGUUUGUGUGGACUGAAAGGGAAGAGAAGAAAGUGGUUCGGAUUUUGAAUGUUAGAGUUGCCCUUGCUGCUUGUCUCAUGUUUGUUGCUUUACAAAUUGAUAGAGUCAAUUUACAUCAAGCUGUCACAGAUAACAUGUUGGGUGAUUUAGGGUUGACUACUGAUGACUACAAUACGGGAAAUACAAUUUUCUACUUGUCAUUUAUGCUUGCUGAAAUCCCGUCACAAAUGAUUUCAAAAGCAUUGGGACCCGAUAUUUUUAUUCCGAUACAGAUUUGUGCUUGGAGUAUUGUUGCAAUGUGUCAAGUGGCAUUGAAAGGGAAAGUUGGAUUUUAUAUCACACGUUGUUUGAUUGGAGCUAUUGAAGGUGGGUUCAUCCCUGAUCUUGUGUUGUGGUUGAGCUACUUUUUCACAAGUAAAGAAUUACCAAUUAGAUUGUCGUGGUUUUGGUCAACAUUGACGCUUACGCAGGUGUGUAUUGCUAUAGCCGCAUUUGGUAUUUUACGGUUAAGAGGAGUGUUUGGAUGGCCAGGAUGGGCUCACUUGUUUCUCUGGGAAGGGUUGCUUACUUUAUUGAUUGGUGUUGCUUCUUUCUACAUGAUGGUUCCAUCGGCUGUGCAAACUAGAAAUUGGAUGCAUCCAAAAGGUUGGUUUACCGAACGUGAGGAAAAGAUUGUUGUUAAUCGUAUCUUGCGUGAUGACCCUACAAAGGGGACCAUGCACAACCGGCAAGCUCUUUCGUUGAAAAUGUUGUGGGAAUGUUUGAUUGAUUAUGAUAUGUGGCCAUUAUAUGCAAUUGGACUAAUGGCAUACAUUGGUCAGCUUACUUUUGGAUCGUAUUUCACAUUGAUGACAAGAUCGCUUGGAUUUAGUACAUUUGACACAAAUCUUUUGACCAUUCCAGUUUCUGCAUUGUACAUUUCAACACUUCUUGCAAUAACGUGGCUUUCGGAAAAGUUAAAUGAUAGAGCUUAUGUGUCAUUGAUUGCACCAUUUUAUGGAGCGAUUUUACUUGGAGUUAUUAGAUUUUGGCCGGGAGCUGGUAUCCAAAUAUGGCCGACUUAUGUCUUGAACACAAUUUAUCUUGGACAUCCAUACAUCCAUGCAAUUCUUGUGUCGUGGGUAUCAAGAAACUCAAAUUCAGUUAGAACCAGAUCUAUUUGCUCAGCAUUGUACAAUAUGUUUGUCCAAAUGGACUCAAUAAUUGCCCAAAAUAUAUUUCGUGAGGAUGAUAGGCCAUUAUACAAGAGGGGGUUAUUGCAAUUGUGGUGUAUUACAUUAUCAGUGAUUCCAAUGUUGAUAUUGACUAAGUUUUAUUACAUUUGGAGAAACAAGACCAAAGAAAGGAAAUGGAACGCAAUGACGGAGGAGCAGAAGGCAGAUUACAGAAGAAACACCACUGAUGAUGGUAACAAGAGGUUGGAUUUCAGGUUUGCCCAUUAG